AUGCGUUCAACCCCAUUAUUAGUGCAGUUUGCCCUUUGCAACAUUGAUAAAACCACGUCGGCGGAGACUUUUGACCUUUCCAAACAGAGCGUCAGCGUCUUCCCGGAUCGCUUGAGACUACAAGCCUGUGACGACGACUUCAAACAAAUGGCGAACCUGUUUUGUGCAGCGCCUGGCAAGAAGACGCCCUGCUACAAAUUCUACUUCGAUCAGCCGGAAUGGAAAGGUAAGAACAGCUGGGAUUUAUUAAUUAUGGGGCUAGUAGAAGGCCAAAAAAAGAGAAUUUUAUCCAUAAUUAAUCAAUAGAAAUUCUAGAAUCAGUCCGUCGGCAAAAUAAUGAACACUCUGGCAAAACGAAAAUCGCAUUGCUGCCGAGAAAAUGACAUAUGUCGCGGGGAAAGCAAAUUGCUUUUCACUUCAGAUUGGCGACACGAUUGCCCCGACGAAAUUGUGCUCAUUAUUUUCCCGACAGACCAACGCAUGUUAUCGCACCGUGCGCCCAAACAUCAUAAGGCAAAAUGCACCGUGCAAGCUCCAAUUUGCACCGUGCACUUUUCGUUUUUGCACGGUGCAUCCAAAAUAUCGCCGCGACGUAAGCGUUUUUCUGACUACGUCGCUGCGAUUUUUGUCGAAUAAUUCGCACAGUGCGAACCGCUUUUUCAAGUUUGCACCGUGCGAAAAGAGAAAAAUGCACUGUGCGAACGCACUUUUAGGCCGGAUGCACGGUGCGCAAUGGCAAAAAUUCACGGCGACAAAAAUUCAAGAUGCACGGUCCGAAAACGAAAAAAUGUCCAGGCACUUUGUGAAAAUGCAAAAAUUUUCGUUUUUGCAUCGCGCAUUUAAAAAUUCCGCUCAAUUUUUUAUAUUUUUAAUCUCUCAUACUACACAAGUUGUCGUGUCGUAGGGAUGUCGAAUUGGGUUGAAAUUUGGGAUUUCGGGAAUUCGGCGAUAUCGGACCUUGCGCGAAAACAAAAUGCGAGAUCGUUUUAGGAUUACAGGUCUUGGCGCGUGUUGAAAUUUAAGCCUACCUAACAAGAUGUUAUCGCCUUUUUUAAACAAGGCUUUGGGGGUAUUUCAAUUUCUCUUUUUUUAUAAAUUAUUUUUUAAAUAUAUAUGUUAUGACAUGUAAAACAUGGAAGUGUUCAAAGUGCGACGCUCAAAUUUCUUUUCAUUUUGCGCACACACCUUGCAUAGUCCACAUAUCAUCUCCUGAAAAUGUUAGCACGCGCUUUGUAGUGACAGCCGAGAUACCAACGAUCUUUUCGGCCGAGAGAGGACGCAAUAAAAGUUCACUUUGCACCGUGCAAUUUUUUGCUUUUUUCACCGUGCAAUCGACUUUUUUGGGGUUUUUUCGCUUGCACCUGGACUUUUUUUCGCACAGUGCAAAAACUAAAAAUCAUUUUUUAUGUAUAUCAGUAUGUCGGGAAAAUAAUGAGCACAAUUUCGCCACCCCAAUCGCGUCGCUGAAGUGAAAAGCAACUUGACUUUGCCGCGACACAAUUCAUCUUCUCGGCGGCGAUGAGAUUUUCGAUGCGACAAAAUGCAUUUCCCGACAAAUUUCACAGAAUAUAUAGGCCAUUACACAACAUAUACGUGUAAUAAGAAACAAGUCACGGGAUUCGGCAAACAAAGAGCUCAUAAAACCCGUGUGCAAUUUGCAACCCUACGCCCGGUGACAACAAAAAUUUGGCCCUUCAAGCGGUCACAAGAUGUGGUAUAACGCAAGUUGCUGAUGCCAACAUUCUAAUCUUACUUCGCCAAGGCCUAAACUAGUUUUUUAAUGUAAUCAUUACCAUAUAUUAUACUACAAACUGGAGGAUUUUGGAAUAAUAGAGGGAUGUUUCACGUACAAAAAGGGCACUAACUCGAGUUAGCGGCAUCACGCAAAAAGCGGAGAGAGCAGAGAAAAAGAGGAGUGGUAACUCGAGUGACCUGACUUUUUAUCGACUUUGGCCGCACAUUUUGGGCCAUUUGCGUAGUUUCAAAGGAAAAUUUACAAAUUUAUAUGUGUAUAUUCUGUGUACCGCCAGCAUUAAUAUUUUUUUUGGAAGGGCUUAAAUUGGUCCACUGUAUCAAAAGUUAUGGCCUAAAAUGUCCGGCCAAGUCCAUAAAAAGUCGCCCGAUUCGCCAAUCAAAAAGAAGAGGGAUCACUCAAGUUACCUUUCCUCUUUUUCUCUGCUCUCUCCUCUUUUUGUGUGAUGCCGCUAACUUAAGUUAGUGCCCUUUUGUACGUGAAACAUCCCCUAGGUCUCAAACUAUAUACCAUUGGAUAAAGUUAGGAGCAGUCCGGGUUUCCUUUGCGAAUUCAGAUGGAGGUUUCUAUAAUAAUUGUAAUAAAUUAUAACCGCUAGUACCGGGUACCAGAGAAGCUUGGUACCUGGUGACAAAGAGUCCUAUAAAUUUUGACACACUGUCGAUUUAGAUGACAAAUUGUACUAUGCGGAAAACACUUCGAAGCCACCCAAACCGUGACUACAUUCCACAACCACCACCGCUUUUCUAGAAUGCUUCAUCAUGCAGAGCACGUACUACAAAAUAUACUUUCCUUUCUGCUUUCAAGCUUUAGUUCGCACUUGUUACAUCAAAACGCUGUAAAACGUGCUUUAAAAAAGUACAAAACUUGUAAGAGAUGAAGAAAUACGAAAAAGGAUGACAAUUUUCGUAUGCUUCAAACGCAAAGACUUUUGGUUCCUUUGGACGAUUUUUGGACGAUUCUUUUGUAAAUUUUUUUGGUCCCACAUUUUGCCUACUCUUUGCUUGCCUUUUGCAGAGAAGCCCGGGAUUUUUCGGUUGAAAGUUGGGCAGAACAUAACAAUUUUUGGUGAAUUUGACCAUGAAAAGUUUCAUGCCUAUUUCUACCGUAAUGGGUAACGUUUCCACGAAAACACGGAUAUGGGUGAGUACCAGAGAUUGCCACGGCUCCGGAGCCGGAAAUUUUGGGUGCGCCUCCGGCUCCUGAGCCCAAAGUCGGAGCCAGGCUUCUCAGCGUUCAGAAAAGUAAAAAUUUCGUGAUCCUGUUAAACCAAUUUGCUUCAAAAAUACUGGGAAGGAUGUGUUGCGUACGACUUGGCUGCAAAAACGUUGGCUAUUUGACCACAGGGCACUAAUAACUUUUAUUUUCGAAAAAAUAUUUUUAAAAAAAUUUUGCACGGAGCCGGGAGCCGGAGCCGGAGCUGCAAGUUUGGCCUUGGCUCCGGCUCUGGGAGCUAAGAGCCGGAGCCGGAGCCAAAAUUUUGACCGUGGCAAUCUCUGGUGAGUACUACUAGUUGUUCCUUCAAGAUGCACUGUGCGAAAGCGAAAAAAUGCCCAUGCAUUUUAUGAAAAUGAUAAAAUUUGUUUUUUCUUUCGCACAGUGCAUUUUAAUUUUUUUUAACGCUUGUCGCCAACGCACAGUGCAUUUUUUUCUCUUCGCACCGUGCAAACCACAAAAAGCCAAGUUUCAUCAAACAGCAAUGUCUGCACAGUGCGCCGUUGUGCCAGAAGUUUGUCGCGCCGCGCCAUGCAAAAUUCACGGUGCGCUGCGACCCCGCACGGUGCAAAAAGAUCGUUUUCAAAAGGGCAAACAAUGCACAGUGCGUUCUUCUCGCGCACUCCGCCAAAUUUUUAUCGUGCGACAUCUCGUCGCAACUCCGAAUUCAUGCGCGCGCACGGUACGAAAACAUGUCAAGGCUAUUUGGCUCGAAUAGUAAGAGUAUUUCAAAGUAUAGAAAAUCAGUUAUUCCCACCCAAAACCGGCGAUAAAAUGAAAUGUAGAGGAAUAAUCUACGGUUCGUAUUCCCUCCGUUACCAUUCACAGUAGACUAGACUUUAACGCCCCCAAUGAACUUUUCCCGGAGCCCGCGUUCCGAACGUAUAAUCUCAUCCGAAAGGUGGGCUCGUCGACAUUUUGUACUCCGAUCCGAGUGAACAGAGAGCAGAGACCAUCGGGAAAUUGGAUAAUAAAAAACAACGAGCUAAUCGACCGUGCCUUUUCCGAAUACCGUAGCCGCGGCGCGUGGAUAGACGAAUGACAUUCCGAAAAUUUCGAACCGCACGUCGGCGAUGCUCCCUUCAGAGGAGUGCGAAAUAUCAAAACGUGCAGAAAUUUAGACGCCCAGACAUACCGGCUACAAUUCGACAAACUCGAAAGAUUUGACAAGCAAAGUGCACGUGGCGUCGCGGCCCUUGUGGCCAACCAUUUAUAGCUGAUAUUUAGGGAUUAGAAGUUACGAUUUUUUUUACCGUAAUCUGCGUAGUGUGAUAGAAAUUUUGGCAACAACCUGGUACAGAUAAGUACAGGAAUCUGUUGAACUCAUCUACCGCUUUGAAAGCUAUAAGAAUUUGUGUUUACAAGCUAAGUACUUCUAUGGACGAUUUUAGGAAAAAUCAUCCACGGAAAAGGAACGCAGCGGCUUGGGUGGGCGAAAAUUCGACGAACCAUUGGGCCCGGAGAAAAUUGUAACCGUCGCCGGAUGUCUGAGGUACAUUUUCGAUACGCUGGAAGAGAUUUAUGUCAAUGGGACCACCGAAGUUAAAGGGUGA